AUGAACAAUUUCCACAAUUAUAGAGCUAACAGGAUUGCCCUGAAAUCUGUAAAAUAAAGAUCUGCUCAAAAGGUCAAUCAAUUUAGAGCAUCUUUAAAAAGUAAAUCUAUUUUUAUACUUAAGGUAAUGAGCCGGUGGAUUCGGUUAUUUACAAUCAUUAAUAUCAAAGAGAAAUUAGAAUCAAAACAGAGCCACAAGAAAGUUUAGUCUCUAAGGCCACAUCUUAAAAUUAAAGAUUUAACUAGUUGCUAAAUCAAGUAGAUGAAAGGGCCUUACAAUUAUCCAUUCAGAUAAAAUAAGAAAGAUAUAAAAAAUAACCUAAAUUUCCUCCUUUGAAAGGAUUUGUUUAACAUAAGUAUCAUAUUUCAUGUUUAUUCAAGCUAUAUCCUUGAAUAAUCACUUGAUACUCCAACAUUCAGAAAUAAAAAGGCCCAAUUAAGCAAAACAUUAGAAAUUGAAAAUUCAUCAACCUUAAUGGAUUUUUAGCUUAAUUCUCAUUGUUUUCCAACCUUUAAUGAAUCUAAGGAAUAAAGUCCAAAUAAAGAUAAGAAAAUUUUGACUUUUCCCAAAUGUAUCUUCUUUUGUGAUGUAAAAAAAGCACGGAAUUUUUUCUAGAUUCCAAGCUAAAAAUGA